AAUACUGCAGUGCCAUUCCUAGACAUGAGUGCAGUCUUUAAACCAGAGUGGAAUUUCUAACACACAUUUCAUCUCCAUUGCCUUGUCGGAUUGUAAACAAGGAGGGUAGUCAGUAGUGGACAUCCGAGAUGACGUCUUUGGCAGCGGAGUCCUGUGGGGCCGAGUUGAGUCCUGUUGAUUUCAUCCAGCUGCAGCAGUACAUGGAGUACAGCAGCAUGAGGGUGAAGGAUGUCGUGAAGGAAUUCAAUGCUGGAGGCAAGCUGGUGCAACAUAGGUCCGGAGAUCGCGUCAACAGGACUGGUUUCUCCCUCUUUCUCAAGAGCUAUCUGGAGGCAGACAACCUGCCCACCGAGCUCUGCCAACACCUCUAUCAGUAUUUCCAGGAGUCUGAGAUGUGCAAAGAAAAACAUAAAGACGGUAUAAUAUCUAGUCUAGACUUCACCACCAAGUUGCUGAAAGAUGGUGUUUGUCUCAAGUCGAUGUCGUGCUACUUUUCUGUUUUGGAGGAGGGAAAGCCCAGGGACAAACUGGAAUUUACCUUCAAACUAUAUGACAAAGAUGGCAAUGGCUAUCUGGAUAAAUCAGAAGUGGACUCAAUAAUAACCCAGAUGAUGCGUGCGGCAGAUUAUCUUGGUUGGGACGUGACAGAGCUUAGAUCGCUCCUGGAGGACACAAUGACGGCCAUAGAUGCGGAUAGCAGUGGGACGGUGACCCAGCAGGAGUGGAUCGUGGGAGGGAUGAACAACGUGCCUCUCCAAGUUCUGCUUGGCUUAAAGAUUGCGGAGCAGGACAGCCAGCACACAUGGCGGAUGAAGAACUUCACCAAGCCCACCUACUGCUGCGUGUGUGACGGGAUGCUGAUGGGCCUCCGCAAACAGGGCCUCUGCUGCAGUGUUUGCAAAUACAUGGUCCACAGUCGCUGUGCCAACAAGAACCCUGGCCCCUGUGUACGCACGUAUGUCAAGAACAAGGCUGAGAUUGGGGUUCCCAUGCAUGACUGGAUCAGGACAGAGAGCGAUGCCAGUAAAUGUGACUCCUGCCCAAAGAAGAUUAAAACUCUGACAGGAAAACGCUGUGCGUGGUGUCAUCACAAGCGCCACGAUGAGUGUGUGCCUCUGGGCUCUUCUGAGUGUGACUGUGGACCUCUGAGAGACCAUAUCCUACCCCCAUGGUGCAUCAGUCCCCUUCUCAAGGAGGAUGAGGGCCACGGCUCAUGCGCAGAGAAGCCCCUGAUGAAUAUGACAUCAGAAGGAACCCACUUACACAUCACUCCUCCACCACAGACGCAUCCUCUUCUGGUUUUUGUAAAUCCAAAAAGUGGAGGGAAACAAGGAGAGAGGGUAAUGAGGAAGAUGCAGUACUUCUUGAAUCCACGACAAGUCUUCAACCUCAACAAUGGAGGACCAAGCCCUGGGCUUCACUUCUUCCGAAACCUUCAGCAGUACAGAGUCUUGGUUUGUGGUGGUGAUGGCACAGUUGGCUGGAUCCUAGAUGCUAUUGACAAAGCAGAUCUUCCAGUGAACCCACCUGUGGCUGUUCUGCCCCUUGGCACAGGGAACGACCUCGCACGCUGUCUGCGCUGGGGAGGGGGAUAUGAUGGCUCAGACCUCAGAGAGAUCUUGAAGGAGGUGGAAGCGGGAUCUGUGGUUCCCAUGGAUCGUUGGAGUGUGCGGGUCACCCCGAACAACCCUCAGGAGGAAGGGGACCCUGUGCCCUACGAGAUUAUCAACAACUACUUCUCCAUUGGGGUGGAUGCCUCCAUUGCCCAUCGGUUCCACGCUUUGAGGGAGAAGAACCCACAGAAGUUUAAUAGCAGAGCAAAAAACAAGCUGUAUUAUUUCGAACUGGCCACAUCUGAGACCAUGUCUGCUUCUUGCAAGAAAUUGUCGGAUUAUCUUUCUAUUGAGUGUUGUGGGGUUCCACUGGACCUGAGUAGUAUGGACCUACAAGGUAUUGCUGUUCUGAACAUUCCCAGCAUGCACGGUGGCUCCAACUUGUGGGGAGAAUCGCGGAAGGACGAGGCUGAGAGUGUCACAAAUUUUCCAGACGUCAUUAUAGAUCAUGACACUCUGAAGACUAGGUCCCAAGAUAUGAGUGAUAAGCGCUUGGAGGUGGUUGGUCUGAUGAGUGCUCUGGAGAUGGGCCAGAUAUACUCUGGGCUGAAGAGCAUGGGCCGCAGACUGGCCCAGACGGCCCAGAUCACAAUCAGGACAUUAAAAGCUCUGCCCAUGCAGAUAGAUGGAGAGCCAUGGAUGCAGCCGCCAUGCACAAUUCAAAUUACCCACAAGAACCAAGCAAACAUGCUUAUGGCAUCGCCCUUCAAGUCGACGGGCUUCUUCCACCUCAAAUGAAGAAACUUGAGUGCCCUGCAGUCUCCUACCUGACUUUGCUUGAUUUUCAUCUAUAGCUUGAUUUUCAUCUAUAGCUUCAUUUUCUCCCCCUACCCCCUUCAUUUUCUCCCCCUAUGUGUUUGUCUGUGUGUCUGUCUGUCCAUCCAACUGACUUCUCAAGGCGGAAGUAUCACAUCACAUCAGUCUCUAUUUCCAUGUUCACUUAAUAACCACAGACAAACAGAUCAGCCAUGAAAUGUGACAUGGUUCAUUUCAGAUGACAAAUGUACUUUUUAAACGUAUUUGUAUUGGUUAUCAGUAACAGGUGUUCUAUUACGCCACUUUGUGUUAUAUUAUACUACUGUGUAAAGAGGGAGAAAUAUUCAAUUUCAGUUCUUCAGAUGGAUUGCAUUUAACAAUAGCUUUUGCAGUGUGGUCAUAAGUUAUUUAUUAACAUAGUCACAUAAUGAAUAUGAUAGGUUUGCUGUUUGUAUUUGUACAAUUACAUUUUUAUUCAGUUUUAUCCGGUGUAGUUCUAAUCUCCAGUUUGGAAAUGUGUUCAUCUUCAUAAUAAAUUGAUAUUAAAGUG